AUGACGCCGAUUCUCGACUUCCUUGGAACAGCAUUUAACCGCGUGGUGGGAGCGACGCAGAGUGAGAAUGAGCAGGACAAACCCAAUCCGGCCACACACAAAGACGACAACGACGGCAUUGAGGAGCUGGGCAUUGAACUUACGGGAAGCAAACGAGCCGGUGGGAAUGCAACUGGUGAAAGAGCUGUGAAAAGACCACGACGAAGUGGAGACGCAGAGAGACUGCUCCCCCACCACAUCCAGACGCCGAAGGACGCGAAGCCGAUUCCUGUCCCUUCAUACGGUCAAGCAUACGAUAUCGAGGCAGACUGGAACCCACCACCGCGGAAGACAACGCAAGCGAGCAUGGCGGCUGGCCAGCGUCGCGGGAUUCAACCUCAGAACACCUUGACUCGAAAUACACCACAGAGCGGCAAGGCCAAUCGUACAAGUGGUUUCUUCAAACCAUACGCUAAAGGCCAGCCUUCAGCGCAGCUUCAGACUCAGCCCAGUCGAGGUAGCAACGUCACCGCCAGGCCAGACUUUCCAGACGACUUCGAGCAACCACAGUCGAGACCUGCCAAGAAGCGAAAGAUGAGCAACGGCAUGCAUGUCGACCUGACUGAUGACAACGACGAUAUGCCGCUUGGUCAUGCCGUGGCGCGACAGAACAAGAAGCAGUCUGCGAGCCAAGCAUCCGGAUCAUCACAUCAUGGAAAGCCCAAGAAGCAGGAUGAGCCAUUCAAGACUCGUGAGCAGAGCAGCGUGGACCAGUUGUUGAGGCCACGUCGCUCACUUCAGGAUGUCCGGCCCGCCGACAACGGAAGAAUAUCUUCAGAUCGUGCAUCUACAAGGAGUUCCGAGCGGGCUAGGUCUGUCAACAGCGACAAACGGUCCGCGAUUGGCACCAAGGGGUCACCCGUACAGUUGGAUGAGGACGAAGAGCCCAACGUCAAGAUUCAGAGGUCUGUUGCACCAGCUCAACUACCGCCACCGAGGCAACGUGCGGGUGUGCCACCGAUCAACCUCGAGCUGGAUGAGGAAGAGUAUGUGGAGAAAGCCAGACGGAGAAUCGAGAAGCUGCACGGCGGCACCGGUCAAGGUGACCGUCACGACAUGAACGGCAUCAACGGUGUCUUCCAGAAACAGACUCCUAGGAGACAUCUCGAUGCACCUGUGCUGCCGGCUCGGACUGCUGAGCAGCCCACUGAUCGAAUCACGAAAUCCACGACUUCCCACGGACGCAAUGGCGACAGGACUCGCAACAUUGGCGAAGAAGCCGACCACAGAUUGGCGGACUCAUUUCGUCGGAGCGAUGGCAGCGAGAAAAAGCCAAAGCAGAGGAAGCUCAUCGAGCAAAUGCAAGGUACUUCUGGCACGAAGAGGGUCAGUCUUCAGAGCGAAGACGAUGAGCUGGACGGUCCUCCAACCGUGCGCGGCACGAAGUCGCGCAAUGCGUCGCCUGACAAGCCAGCUCCAGCUGGACAGAGGAAGCAGACCACACCUGAAGGUGUUAGUAUGUCGCAGUAUUACGAGCCGUCCAGCAUCAAACCGACCGGUUUCACUCGCGGUGGACAGCCGCUUUCGAAGAUAACAUCGGAACUCACGUCCAAGCCAGAAGAGGAUGACUCUGACGAGAUACGGGUACCCAUCAGUUGCAUACUAUGCAAGGCUUUCGUUUCCACUGAAAAGGGACUUGAACUUGUGUGGGACGAAGAUUUGAAAGCAUUCGUCGUGGUCCAUCAAAGACUAAAAGUGCGCAUUCUUGACGGCCCUCUUGUCAAGAUCGGAAAUCAAGAAGUAAAUUCGUGGUCUGGCUCACGUGAAUGCCUGAUCGUGUGGCUGCGUGGACCAGCAACCGAUACCAGCAGCGGUCAGAUCGUCAUCGAGUUCGAUGACGAAGAGGGCCUGUCCGUCUGCUAUAACGCCUUUCGUUCUCUCAACGAGUCGCUGAAAUACAAUCGUGUCGCCACCGACACUCUUGUGCGUAUUUUGACCAAGCAGAAGGUCGAGAUGACCGAAGUGCACGAGAAAAUGAAGAGUAAAUCCACGGCAGCUCGGAUCACACAAAAUGGUCGGUUCAACUAUCGACCUCGACAGUCUUUUGAAGAGGAGCAGAUCGUAUACGAAGGCGAUGGUGAACCUCAGCCACGUCGACCCAAAGCUCGAGAUCGCAUGCAAGGGGCCAGUCUGGCCGAAGUGAUCAACCAUGACAGCUUCCAGGACUCGCAACAAAUACACGAGCGGGAUGGAGAGGUCUCAAGGCACUUUGACCAACCAAGGAGGACAACUCGUCAAACGAAGCCAGCACCAGUCGAAGAGCGGACACCAUCUCCGGUCAGAUGGACCCGAGUCAAUAACCCUAAGCGAUGGAGUCAUCCCGUUGUCUAUCCAGAUCAAGGUCUGCGCCGUGUCACGGUCGACUUUGAGGAUCUCGAACGCCUUGACGAGGGCGAGUUCUUGAACGACAACGUGGUCAAUUUCGAACUACGGCAGAUUGAGGAGAAUAUGGCGCCUGAGCAUAAGGCGAAGGUGCACUUCUUCAACACGUAUUUCUUCUCCUCAAUGUCGCACAAGAACGGCAAGAAAGACUUCAACUACGAAGCAGUGGAGCGAUGGACCAAAAAGACUGAUCUCUUCAACAUUCCAUACGUUGUCGUACCCAUCAACGUUGAGUUGCACUGGUUUGUCGCCAUCAUAUGCAACUUGCCUGCCAUUGAGCGCAAGUGUGGUGCCCUGGACGAUCUCGACGAGGGUCUUGAAGAAAAGCCAUCGGAGACGAAUGGAGCCGAGCAGCCUGAUGCCAAAGAGAGUGGUGCAGAGCCUGAUGCUCAAGUCGAAGCAAAUUCAUCUGUUAGAGCUGCCGACAGUCCAGCAGGCGACGUUUUCGAUUUUGGCGACGAUGGCAAAGUAGCUGCCACUCAAGCCAACGACUUAGACGACGCUGCCUCCGACAGUCGGCCGAGCACCGCGAAAAGCAAGAAAACAAAGAAGAAAGGACCCAAUCUACGCAAGUAUGACACCCGACAGCCGAUCAUCAUGUCCCUGGACUCCUUCGCAAUUCAAAGAUCAGCCGAGAUCAAAUACUUGAAGCUGUACGUAAGUGCAGAAGCCAAAACCAAACGUGGCAUUUCGUUGGAACCGGGCACCCUCCAAGGCAUGUCCGCGAAGGGCAUUCCAGAGCAACCCAACUUCUGUGAUUGUGGUGUGUACUUGCUGGGCUACGUCGCCGAAUUCGCCAAGGAUCCUGACACCUUUGUCAAGAAGGUCUUAACCAGAGAGAUGGACCGUGAGAACGACUUUGCCAGUUUUGAUGCUUCUGCCAAGAGAGUCGAGAUCCGUGAAAAACUGCUGAACCUUCAGACCGAGCAAGACGCUGAGCGGCGAGCACAGAAGAAGGCAAAGGCUGCUGCAAAGGCCGGCCAGACUCCAAAGACUCAGAACACGUCAGCCGCGGCAUCAGGCAAAUCGGUUGCCCCGGCUUCCACCAUUCAGAAGUCGGGCACACAGUCUAACGUCAAAAAGGCUCCACCGAGUAUGCCUCGAUCGUCGCUUUGCCCUCCAGCGAACGGCGAGCGCUCAAAGAAGCUUGCACGUGACAAUGAUAGCGAAGAGCUAGAAGUGGAGCCACCAAGUUUUGUCGGCAAGGGCAAGGAAGACACCUCUCUAGGCUCGUCCGGGGUGCAAACGCCAGCUGUCCAAGAUGAUGACGAUGAGGCCGAAGAUGAGAUGUUGAUGGGCCAAGUGGAAUCUGGAGGUGCAAAUCGACAUCUCUCCAAGGCCGCCACACCACGGCAGCAGCAACAUCCACCGUCUGAUGUAUACAAUCGCGAUCUUCCAAUCGCUUCCGGUGGUCGACGAAGCGACCUCGUGAGCCCCUUGGCAGGCUUGGAGCAAUGGGCGACGAACGGGGAAACCAAUGGUGUCCAAGGAGACGGGCCUGAGAUCAUCGACCUCGGCGACGAGGAGCAUGAGAAUGCCACAGUGGAGAUACCUGACUCGCAAGAGGUCUCACAGCCUGCGACUAAAGGCAGUCGCAGGCGCAUGCGGUUUUAG